AUGUCGCUUGUCCAACAAAAACAACCAGUGAAUAUGGAAUUGAUUAUGCAACCAAGACGUUUGCUUCGUGCAUUCGUCAAAGUCAGUCUUUCGUUGCUGAUAUUCCUGAAUCUCCAAACGUUUGGUUAUGGUUUUGAUUUUUGCUUUCAAGGACCAAAUGAAGGUCGUCGUUUGAACAGCAAAGUGAUAGAAAAAGUCCACGCAGGAACGGGAGUAGAAUGCAUUUACUUUUGUGCCCGUGAUAACGAAGCGUGCAGAUCUACUAAUUUCAAAAAAUGCUCAAACUCAGAGAAAAAUUGUGAAUUCCUUCAAGAUAUUGCUUCAGAGAUGCCUGAAAAAGAUUUUCAUCGGCACAAAGAUUUUGAUUAUUACGAAUUGACAAGUCCUAAUAGGACUAGGGUUUUUCCACAAUCUUGCACAGAAUUGUUUGUCAAGAAUACAUCAUUGCUCAAUGGUGUCUACACAUUAAAGAAGAAUAAUUCCUCAAAACCGUACAAGGAAUAUUGUCACAUGACAGAUAUCCCAGGAUGUGGCGUUAGAGGUUGGACACUAGUGAUGAAGCUUGAUGGGACUAAGAACACGUUUAUCUAUGGUUCUUCCCUGUGGACAAACAAAGAGACACACGCAGUGAAAGAUGGUCUGGAAGGAUUGACAGAGAAAGAAAGCAAGUUGGCUUCGUAUUGGAAUACUCCGUUCACAAAGAUUUGCCUGGGUAUGUCGUAUAACGGAGACAGAAAAUGGAUGAGUUUCAACUACACAGCAACUUCGCUGUACAGUGUGAUCGCAGACGGCCAAUUCAGGCCAACGACCGCUGGUAGAGCAGCAUGGAAAUCUCUGAUCGCCGACUCGUCACUUCAGAGAAGCUGCAACAGGGAAGGGUUUAAUAAUGAAUGCCUACAUUCAAGAAUGCGAAUUGGACUCGUAGCCAAUAACGAGAAAGAUUGCAAUACGUGUGAUUCUUGGCUUGGCUAUGGAGCGGAGGACUCUGGAAGUGGAAAUGUUGCUAGAAUACAUCCCGAUAACGGCAAAAAAAACUUGACGACGUUUGGAUACAUUCUUGUUCAAUAA